CCGACCAUUAUCGUAUUGUCAGAAAACAUGGAGGCAGUCAACAAAGUGAUCAACUCGGCCUCGCACGCCAUCUGGGGUGACACUGAUGUCCAAUCACAGACAGCCCAGGAAUCGCACGAGGAGCCCAUCUCCGGUGUGCAGGGCAAAGGCGCCGCCAACGACCCAUACGACGCCGGCAACCGAGACGAACAACCCGACGCCCCUGCCUCAGAGGCCAAUACCGCACCACAGGAACCUAGGCUGGACAGCCAGCCCUCUACCACCGCUACUGCAGACAAGCCCUCUACCACCGAUACUGCAGACAAGCCCUCUACCACCGAUACUGCAGACAAGCCCUCUACCACCGAUACUGCAGACAAGCCCUCUACCACCGCUACUUCGGACAUGGCCUCCACCACCGCUGCGGGAUCGUCUUCGAAUACUGCUGCCGGCUCAUCCUCCAAGGCUACCGAAGAUACUAGCUCCGGGGCCAAGGAUGACGAUAAGGAGCAGCGCGAUACCGAUAACACUGAGAGCGACGAGAAUACUAAGAAACAGAUGGACCAGGGCCGUCGCGGGACAGCUGUGAUCAUGGAGGAUCACGGUGUUAGCAAGGAGGCGCUGAAGGGACCUCAGGGACCGGCGCCGCACACGGCCGAUGAGUUUGAGAAGGAGGGCAAGGCGGGUAAGAAGGACGAGAAGGAUGCACAGGCUGAUGAGUCGAAGGGCGGGUCCGGUAACUCGUCAAAGGACAGCGAUAAUAAGUCCUCUGGAAGCAAUGGAAAGCAAGGUGCCAUGUCGAAGAUGAAGGAAGGCCUGAAGAAGGUUGCUCACCCGCGUCAUGGUAAGCAGUCUAGCGAGUAG